AUGGCUUCCGCACUAUGGUACACUUCGUUCGCGCAGGAAAACCUAAUUGCGUUCGCAGCAUUAUACGGGAUGUUCUCCGGACCCUUCUUCUCGGUAACGCCUUCUUGUGUUGCCGAAAUAUCACCUAUCGAGCGUGUCGGAGCAAGAAUUGGAGGAACAUAUGCUUUUAUGGCCUCAGCUACGCUUGCUGGGACACCGAUAUCGGGCUUGUUCAUCAAAGAGCAGACGAGGGAUAACUUUGACAAGUUGAUACUAUUUUCGGGUAUCAUGUCGUUAGUGGGGACAGCCCUGCUUCUGGUCUCGCGCCUCAUACGGAAUAGGAAUCUCUUCGUAGUGGCAUAA